AUGAUUAUGGAAGAACAAACCAAAAUUGAAGAAACCGUAGAUAGUAUUAAAGACUAUAUUAAUACGAGAUACGAGUUGGCAAUCCUGAAAGCCUCUGAUAAAGUGGCACACAUAGGAUCAAAUACAUUUUCAUAUUUGCCAAUAGUUUUCUUAUCUGUCUUAACAAUACUUAUGUUAAGCGUUGGUUUAGGUCUUUACCUUAAUCAUGUAUUGGAGAGUGAAUUUCUUGGAUUCAUUGUUCUUGGGGGCGCUUAUUUGUUAAUUAACGAUACCGAUUUACAUCACCGUAUCAUGAAAUUAAAUAACCUGAAAGAAGAACAAGAACUGGUUAUUAAAAGAAAUGUAAGAGAGCUAAUUUAUUCUUUACAUCCGUCGAUGAUGGUUAAGAAUUUACUAAGCAAACUAGGUGGUGAUAAAGAAACGACAUCCGAUCUAAAAACUGCGGGCAUUAAUCUUGGUAAAGACUUCCUUAUUUCAAAAUACUUUAUGUUGAUGCUGAUGAAUAAAAAGAUUCUGAUUAUUGAUGACGAGGCUGAUAUUCGCUUUCUCCUGAAAAGGGCACUUACAUCUCAAAAAUUUUCUGUAUUUGAAGCAGAGAAUUUAAAGAAAGGAGUAGAACUUUUUAAUCAAAAUCAACCUGACAUAAUUAUUCUCGAUGUAAAUCUUCCUGACGGGAAUGGUAUUUAUUACGCGAGAAAGUUUAAAAAUGACAAUAACAUUGUCAUCUUCAUCAGCGCUGAUAAUGAUAAACUGGCAGACGGGUACAAAGAACUGGGAGCUAAUGGUUUUCUCAAAAAGCCAUUUGUAAUAAAUCAGUUACUGGAAGUGAUAAACAAGGUAGAAUCUAACAAAACAACCAUUAAUUAA